AUGUCGACUGACUUUGGAAACCCUCUGAAAAAGUUCAAGCUUGUUUUCUUAGGUGAACAAAGCGUUGGCAAAACGUCACUGAUCACUAGGUUCAUGUAUGACUCUUUUGACAAUACUUAUCAAGCUACUAUUGGUAUCGACUUUCUUAGCAAAACAAUGUAUUUGGAAGACAGAACGGUUCGUCUUCAACUUUGGGAUACCGCUGGUCAGGAACGUUUUCGUUCCCUGAUUCCGUCCUACAUCCGUGAUUCGACUGUUGCUGUGGUAGUCUACGAUAUCACUAAUGCAAAUUCGUUCCAUCAAACUUCCAAGUGGAUUGAUGAUGUUCGCACUGAAAGAGGAAGCGAUGUGAUCAUCAUGCUCGUCGGAAACAAAACAGACCUUGGAGACAAAAGGCAGGUUUCCACUGAAGAAGGUCAGCGCAAGGCUAACGAGCUUAACGUGAUGUUUAUCGAAACUUCGGCCAAAGCGGGAUACAACGUUAAGCAGUUAUUCCGUCGCAUUGCUGGAGCUUUGCCAGGAAUAAUCAAGGACGAUGAUCGCACUGACAAUACUACUAUUGUGAACAUGGAUCCGAUUAAACAACGUCAGAUAGUCACAGACGAAGGAUCGUGCUGGUGUUGA